UGUUCAUACACAAAACCUGUUUCUUCUCUCUAGUAUUCAGAAAAAAAAAAAUGAAGUUAGCUCCGCAUUUAUUAUCCAUUCUCAAUACUCUCAUCUGCAUGAAUCACCUACUACUUGCCUUCCAAUCUCUUCCCUCAACUGCCUUGCAUCCAACUAAUGAAAAUGACAGACUUGCAUUGUUGGCCUUCAAGGAUCGAAUUGUUGGAGAUCCAUUAGGAAUCCUGACCUCUUGGAAUGAGUCUUCUCAUUUCUGCAAUUGGACAGGAGUUUUAUGCAGUAAGAAGCACCAAGGUAGAGUUACCGUCUUGAAUUUAGCAAGCCAAAAGCUGUUUGGUUCAAUAGCUCCUCACAUAGGAAAUUUAUCCUUCCUAAGGGAAGUCAACCUUAGCUCCAACAGCUUCACAGGCGAGAUUCCUCCACAAAUUGGUCGUUUGCUUCGAUUGAGAUAUCUUGAUCUCGAUUACAACAAUUUUCAAGGUAAGAUUCCUAGCAAUAUAUAUGUCAUUCUUUUCGAAUUUGAAGAUAUUGAACUUAGCUACAAUAACCUUACAGGUAAAAUCCCUAUCGAGCUUCAAAACAUUUCAAAAAGUCUACAGAUUAUCCAAGUUUCUGCGAAUCAGUUAACAGGAAGUAUACCACAAAUGUUGGGCAAUGCAUCUUCACUUAUCUAUCUAUCCUUGGCGAGAAACAAUUUACAGGGAAGAAUACCAGCGGAGCUUGGAAAACUUCUAAAGUUGAAAUUUCUACAGCUUUCUGAUAACAAUUUAUCUGGGGAGGUCCCACUUUCUAUUUACAAUUUAUCGUCACUAGUCUUUCAACUUGCCUUAGCAAAGAACCAGUUGCAUGGUCAAAUUCCAUCUGAUGUUGGCUUCACUCUUCCUAAACUUCGACGUUUCUAUGUUGAUUUUAACUACUUUUACGGAGAGAUUCCAACUUCUUUUCAAAAUGCUACCAAUCUAGAAGGGCUUGAUUUGGGAGAAAACAAUUUCAGUGGAGUGAUACCUUCAAGCUUUGGAAGUUUAAAGAAUCUAACAAUUCUAAUUCUCUCAAACAAUCAGUUAGAAAGCGCAGAAGGUGAAGGUUUAAGUUUCCUAACUUCUUUAACAAAUUGUACCAACCUGCGAUGGUUAGGCCUCAUGGAGAAUCAUUUCAAAGGUGAAUUACCCAUUUCAAUUGCCAACCUUUCAGUUAAGCUUGAAGGCUUCACCAUAGGUGGAAACCAGAUUUCAGGUAAAAUCCCCAAAGAGAUUGGGAAUCUGGUUGGCUUAACUAAAUUGGUCAUCAUCAACAGCAACGUUACAGGUGAAAUUCCUUCUACCAUAGGCAAAUUAAAAAGGGUAUCUGAGCUUAGUUUGUAUGGGAAUAGAAUUUCAGGGCCAAUCCCAUCCUCGCUUGGAAAUAUCACCCAAUUGCUAAAAUUGCAACUAUAUGACAACAAUUUGAGUGACUCGAUUCCUCCUAGUUUGGGAAAUUGUUCACGACUUGAAUAUCUUUACAUGGACAACAACUUCUUCCUUGGUAACAUACCAGAACAAAUUUUUAGCUUAUCUCAUGUAAUUGAGCUCGACUUGUCGUGGAAUUCAUUUACAGGGCAAUUGGCAAUAGAUUUAGCGGUGGGUAAGAUGACCAACAUUGUGCAAUUGAAUGUUUCACACAACCGAUUGUCAGGAGGAAUUCCAAGGACCUUAGGAGAUUGCUUGAUGUUGGAGGGACUCUGGAUGGGUGAUAACUUGUUUGAAGGAGGCAUCCCAUCAUCGUUUAACAAUUUGAAAAGCCUUGUAAUGUUGGACCUCUCCAAUAACAAAUUGUCUGGCAAAAUUCCAGAAUACUUUCAAAACUUUUCAUUGUUACAGUACCUAAACUUAUCAUUCAACGAUUUUGAAGGAGAGUUGCCUACUGGAAGGAUCUUUGGAAAUGUGAGCAUGAUUUUUGUUGCUGGAAACCCAAGACUCUGCGGAGGCAUUCAUCAGCUUGGACUUCCUUCAUGCAAGAUUAGAGACAAAAAGCUUCAUCAUUUGAUCAUUAUGAUUUCAGUAAUUGUUUUGUGCUCAAUAUUCUUGAUGGUAUCACUUCUUGUUAUCUUUGCAUACAGAAGAUCGAAAAGGAAAGCUUCAACUUCCACCGAUGUGCAAGAUCCAGAACAAUAUCCAAAGAUUUCUUAUGCAGAGCUAAGUCAAGCAACCGAUGAGUUCUCAUCAUCCAACUUGAUUGGUGAGGGAAGUUUUGGUUCUGUGUAUAAAGGAAUUCUGAGUCAAGAUGGAAUGCCAGUGGCGGUGAAGGUUUUAAACCUUAAGAGGAAAGGAGCUACCAAGAGUUUUAUGGCCGAGUGUGAAACAUUGAGAAAUAUUCGACAUCGAAAUUUGAUCAAGAUUAUAACUGUUUGCUCAAGUAUAGACUUUAGAGGAACCGAUUUCAAGGCUUUGGUCUAUGAGUUCAUGCAAAAUGGAAGCUUAGAGGAGUGGCUACAUCCAAAUGAAGAUCAAACUGGUGCACGGAAGUUAAGCCUCAUUCAAAGACUCAAUAUAGCCAUUGAGGUCGCCUCUGCAAUUGAAUACCUUCAUAAUUAUUGCCAACCAUCAGUUGUUCAUGGGGACCUUAAGCCAAGUAAUGUUCUACUUGAUGAGGAAAUGGUUUCUCAUGUGGGUGAUUUUGGCUUGGCAAGAUUUUUAUCAGUUUCUCAAAACCAAAGCAGUUCCAUGGGUGUGAAAGGAACAAUUGGCUAUGUAGCCCCUGAAUAUGGCAUGAGCACUAAGAUAUCCAAGGCUGGUGAUGUCUAUAGUUUUGGAAUUCUCUUACUGGAGAUGAUUACAGGGAAAGCACCAACUGAUUCAAUGUUCAAAGACAACUUCACCAUUCACCAAUUGGUCAAGACAAGACUUCCUGAAAGAGUAAUUGAUAUUAUAGAUCCUUCAUUGCUUCCGGAGGUUCAAGAAGCAGAAAAUUCAAAGGCAAGGAAUAUGAGAAGGGGAGUUGGUGUUUUGGAGAGCCUUUUGGCAGUUGUCGAGGUUGGAGUUGUCUGCUCAAUGAAGUCACCACGUGAAAGAAUGGAGAUGAAAGAUGUUGCUGCAAAAUUAUAUGCCAUUAGAGACAAGUUCCUCCAUCGGUAGAAGCACAUGAUUCUCAUCGGUUGAUUCGAUCCAUAUCAAAGUAGAGUUAAUCGCUUGGGAAUACUUUCGUUUUGUGCCUAUUUUUAUUAAUUAGUCUUUUUUUCUUCUUUUUUAGUCAACUUGUUAUUUCUUCUUAUGAUUUUGGACCGAGUUGUAUGAAAUAUGGUUUCUUUGAACGCAAAAGAGUGGCUAAGAUCAUAUUUGUC